CAGCAAGGCCGCAGCGCAUUUACCUGGCUGGCAGCUCGCUGCCUGACUCACUGGCUGCGGGAGAGGCGGCGGCAGAGCCGGCUUCCGCCCGGCCUCCUUGGAGGCCGCCCGGGCGCGGGGGCGGAGGGCUAUGGUAGUUUUGAUUGCUUUUCUACUGGGGCUGCUCGGAGUUGCUGAAGGGCAGCUGAAUGCCAGGAAUUGGGUGAGGAGUCCUGGAGCAGAAACUGUAACAAAGAGCCCCUUGUUUGGUGCCCUGGAAGCGCGGCGGACGAUACCUGAGAAAACCAAAAGCCAAGGCACCACUUCCUCCAGCUGAGACCAGAUAUCUCGAUGCCUCUCCAGUUGAUGAUACUGUAGAAUCCUCUACUUGCAUCAUGGAACAGAAAGAAAACACAAUAGAUAAAGACAUUGAACUCUCAGUGGUGCUACCUGGGGAUAUUAUCAAAUCGACUACUGUUCAUGGCAGCAAACCUAUGAUGGACUUGUUGAUAUUCCUUUGUGCACAGUAUCACUUAAAUCCAUCCAGUUACACAAUUGAUCUGCAGUCAGCUGAAAAUAACCCCAUUAAAUUUAAGCCAAACACACCAAUAGGAAUGUUGGAGGUGGAGAAAGUCAUUUUAAAGCCAAAAAUUUUGGAUAAGAAAAAACCUACGCCUAUAAUACCAGAGAAAACUGUGAGAGUAGUGAUCAAUUUUAAGAAAACACAGAAGACAAUAGUGAGAGUUAGCCCUCAUGCACCACUGCAAGAACUUGUCCCCAUUAUAUGCAGCAAAUGUGAGUUUGAUCCACUCCAUACGCUAUUGUUGAAAGAUUAUCAAUCUCAGGAGCCCCUUGACUUGACACAAUCUCUUAAUGACCUGGGACUAAGAGAACUAUAUGCCAUGGAUGUCAGCAGAGCCACUUCUGUUACUGCCUUCAAUAAAUCAUCUUUACAAGAAUCCUGCCAAAUAUCACAAAACCUAGACAUUAUGAAGGAGAAAGAAAAUAAAGGGUUUUUCAGCUUUUUUCAGCGCAGUAGGAAAAAGCGGGAACAGACGGCGAGUGCCCCUGCAACUCCUCUAGUAAGUAAGCAUCGCCCAACUUUUACAAGGUCCAAUACCAUAUCCAAGCCAUAUAUUUCAAGCACACUGCCGUCGGAUGCCCCCAAGAAGAGGCGGGCUCCGUUGCCUCCAAUGCCAGGAUCUCAGAGCGCCCCCCAGGACCUUGCUCACAUCCAGGAAAGGCCAGCUUCUUGUGUAGUGAAGUCCUUGAGCAUGGACGAAACAGAGAAGAGCCCGUGUGGAGCAGGCAUAGUGAGGACCGGCUCUCUGCAGCUCAGCAGCACAUCUGCCAGCAGUUCAUCUUUGAAAAGGACAAAGCGAAAAGCGCCUUCCCCACCCUCCAAAGUACCCCUGCAUCAAAGUGAUGACAACAGUCGCAUCACUGUCCUGCAGGCAGGAUGUGCAGUUCCUUUGGAUGGUGUUUUGGAAGCAAACUCUCCUGAGGGGCUGCCCAGCCCAGAUUUUACUUCUUUGGCAGACUCCUCCCUUGGCCCCGGGCUCCCCAGUCACGAACACUGCACCGUGCCCAGACUGCUGGAUGAACCCUCUCUCUCCGAAUGCCCUGGAACACCAGAGACGGCCGUAACAUCUCUGACAUCUGGAAUAAGCUCUGAUCAUAGCCUUGAAGAGAUAGAUGAAAAGGAAGAACUGAGUGAAGUGCCCAAAGAUGAUACUGAAAAUAUUUCUCUGAAGUCACAAGCUAUUCCUUUUGGAUCUACUGAUAUAAUAAAUACACUGAAAAAUGAUCCUGACUCAGCCCUUGGCAAUGUUACUGGAGAGUCCUCACAGAACUCCAAAGAAGAAAAACAAGAAGCUAGAAACACAGAUAGACAAGGGCCACACAUAAUGGUAUAUGAUGCAAGCAGUGAAGAGAGGGUAGUUGACAGUGUAAGAAACUUGAAGUCAUUGGGCCCACACCAGGAGAAUGUGGAUCAAAAUGAAAGAAUUGUCACUCCACCAAACACAGAAGAUCACAUGAAAAAUGGAGUGAGGAGAACAAUAAUCAACGUAGGAGGCGUUGCCAAAAAUAACACGAAAGUUGACCGACUAUCAGACUAUCAAGCGCAUAAAACUGAUACCGCUGACAGUUACAAGGAGAAUCACCCUGCUGCUUCAUUAGUACAGGACCCAAAACUGAAUCAACCCAGUGAAGAAAAGACCAAAAUGCAGGAUGCAGCCAUUCAGACCAUCCCUUCCACUGACAGCUCUGACGGGAACCACCGAGAUCAUGAUUUGUCUGAUUUCAAAGUUAAUGAAAGUGUGCAAACUCCAAGUAACAAUAAAUCAACUCGGCCUUCCUCUUCAAGUCCCCAGGAUGCUGUAGAUGCCUCAGGAACAUUCAGGAGUCAGGGCCCCCUAAAUGUACAUUCAGAAAAUCAACUUCCCCUUAAAGGUCCAGUUGGUUCACACGGUAAUGAUGAUCUUUUGCUUCCUAUAGAUGGGAUUGAUAAGGAUUCAGCUAUUUCUCAUGUGAAGAAUUAUCCACUUUAUAGACAGGACUAUGAUCCCAAGCCAAAACCUUCAAAUGAAAUCACGAGAGACUACAUACCCAAAAUUGGAAUGACUACUUAUAAAAUUGUGCCUCCCAAAUCCCUGGAGAUAUUGAAAAAUUGGGAAUCAGAAACCACUGGGGAUAAAGAUGAUCAGGAGAUACAUCCUUUAGGAAGAAAGCACAUUCAUGAGAGUUUGAAAGAAACUGCAAUCCAAACAGAAGAUUUUGUUAUUUCUGAAAGCCCAAAGGUGCCACAGGCAGACGUUCAGCUCAAGCCUCCCCCAAGAACAGGGCAUCUAGUGCACAGCGUGGAGAGCUCACCCCACCUCGCCAUGGGAAAUCCUCUGAAGCCUCCUCCCAGAACGAUGAAAGACACUGGUACAGCUCCUUUUGUGCCGAAUUUGGAAGAUAUAAACAAUAUUUUGGAGUCAAAACUUAAAUCUCGGGUUUCAAAUCCCCAGACCAAACCAAGUUCUUUUUUCCUGCAGAUGCAAAAAAGAGUUUCAGGUCAGUAUGUGACAUCUGCAGCUGCCAGGAGUGUCCACGUGGCCCCUAACCCCACUCCAAAAGAACUACUAAAGAAAGAGGGGGAAAGGGAUGCGAUACCACCUCCGGAAGAGCAAACUCUUUCUCCCUUAAGUAAGACAGCUCCAGCCCUUCCACAGCCCCAUAUGAAAAACCCUCAGGAUGACAGCAGCAGCCAGAAGCCCACUGAAACCUCUCCUCCUCCCGGAGCUCCAAAACCUGCUCCUCUUCUGGACAGUCAAUUAGCAGCACUAAAUCUGAAGACUUUGAAAACUUUUGGGGCCCCGAGACCUUACGUGAGCUCUGCUCCGUCUCCCUUUGCCCUUGCUGUGGUGAAACGGUCCCAGUCUCUCAGCAAAGUGCGCCCAGAGCCGAGCGGCGAGGGUGCGGCCACCCCCCCUCCACCUGACACAGAAGAAGGGAAGUCUCCUUCUGAACAUCAGGUUGUGGGCAUCCCACAGCUGUGUGUGAGUGAGGAGGGAAAUAACUCUGCACACAAUGAACAGAAUUCCCAAAUACCAUCUCCAACUGACUGCCCAUCGUUCAUUCUUAAGAGACAAAGUUCUUUAACAUUCCAAAGCUCUGACCCAGAACAGAUCCGACAGAGUCUGCUGACUGCGAUCCGUUCUGGAGAGGCUGCUGCCAAAUUGAAAAGGGUCACUGUUCCAUCAAAUACAAUAUCUGUGAAUGGAAGGUCAAGACUCAGCCAUUCCAUGUCACCUGAUGCCCAAGAUGGCCAUUAAAUGUUGCCUGUGAUAAUGCACUUCAUCACCUCUAUUUCAAGAACACCUUCAUCCUAAUGGAGAAUGUUGGCAAAUGUAUAUUCAGAUGUACACUAAUAUAUUGUCUAUUAAAGUGUAAGAAUUUGUGCUGUGGCUUUUAAUGCCACAAGAAGAAUUACAGAAUUUAUAAGUUAUGAUAUUUUUGGCCCUUUUUUUUUUAUGGCCUUAAAAGUUGAAUAUGCUGCUUUAGAACUUUAAGACAAGGUGUUAAUGACUUUCAUUUUCUUUCACAUGAGAAAUGGUCACCUUUUGUUGAUUUCACUUACACAUUCUCUACUGUGGUGACUUAGACAAAAGGAUAAAUUGAGAUUCAUAGACUUAUAUUUGUGUGACACAUAAAGAGGUAGGCAAAUGUAGAUCUGACCUUUGCUGCCUCAAUGUUACAGUUUAAUUGGAAAUGUUUAUAAGUUAUAUUAAAGUCUGUUUUGGCUGAAAGUAUACUAUAGAGAACUAAUACCAAAUAAGUAUAUUUGGUUCAACAGUUAAUUAAAAUGAUGAAUCAUUUAGUGAGCAAGUCUUAUGUGUUCUUCGUGUAAUUACAAAAUCAAUGUCAAAUUUAUGGGAAGCUCAUAGUAUUUUGAUAUUAAUUUGGAACAUUUGCUUUUUUAAUCUUUAGGACUUAAGUUGCAUAAGGAAUAUUUUAAAUAUUUUUUAUAUAAUCAUGACAUUGUUGUCACACAGAUAUUAUACAUUUAUGUGCCAGAAGCCUUAAAAAUCACCUUAUGACAAUGUUGAUCUAUUGUGACAAUUAUUUCACUUUUGAUAUGCAGCAAAGAAUAGGUGGGGAUUAGUCCAUGUCCAUAUUGGAAAACUUCAAAGGCUACUUGGUGGUUCCAUAAGUCCUGGUUUUAAUUAAAGUAAAAUGAUAAAGUCUUUAUGUAGUUCAGAUGUUAAUAUUCUAAAUAAUAAUAUAUAUUUACAUUAAAGCUAAAACUGUUAAGCAAAACAAUGCCUAAUCUGUUGGCUUAUAACUGUACUGGGAUCUAGGGCUCAUUCAUGUUCUAGUCCUACUUUAAGAAUCUAAUCACUCUUUUAUUCUAAAAGCUUGGUCAUACAAGUUGAUAUUACGUUGGUUUUCACUAAAGCUCUUGGGAUAUCUGCCUUUUCAGAAAACGUGUUGAUUUCUACCCCCCCCCCCCCCCCCCCGUUUAAUAAAAGCAAGUUAUAUAUUUGG